CGCCGAUGUUGCCCUCUUUGAUCUGAUCUCGAUUUAUUUGGAAGAGAAGAAGCGGAGGAGGAGAUGGCGACGAUGCUGCGAUCCCUAGCUGCUCGGAGGCACCUGUGGUCGUCAUCGGGUUUGGUGAGGAGCUAUUCCUCUCAUCAACCCACCGCUCUUGUCAGCAAGAGCUUCACCCGGUCACUGCCCCGACGCAUUCACCCCAUCUCAGAUGUCCCAGAUUGUAGUUCUCCGUUUGUGAAUCGUUUGCGACGUGCAUUUAGUUGCAAUGUAAACCAAUUGCCUGGCAUAGCUGACCCUGACAUAGAAGCCGCCUUUAAGGAUUUAAUGGCUAUGAAUUGGGAUGAAAUUCCAGACUCAGUCACACACAACACAAAAAAGACUCUUUCUAAAGCCACUGGAGAUGAGACUGGUCAAGAGGCUUUGGCAAAUGCCUUUCGUGCAGCAGAGGCAUCAGUUGAAUUUUCUGGGAUUUUGGUAUCUCUUAGAAUGGCGCUUGAUGAUUUGGGUGGCAUAAGUGGUGAGAAUGUUGGGCAACUUCCAGAGUAUCUUGAGGAUGGCAUAAAAACUGCAUAUAAACGGUACAUUACGUAUCUGGACUCCUUCAGUCCAGAUGAAACCUAUCUGCGGAAAAAAGUUGAAACAGAGUUGGGAACAAAGAUGAUACAUUUGAAGAUGAGAUGUAGUGGAAUUGGUUCCGAAUGGGGAAAGGUAACACUUCUCGGCACUUCUGGGUUAUCUGGGUCCUAUGUGGAGCUCAGAGCUUGAAAAAAAAGAUCAUGAGAGUGACUCCUAAGCUUUUCUUUCGGCAGCUGUCUUGAAUAAUAGUGGAUAUGUGGUUGCUCCACUAUAUUGAAAUGUAUCUAAAACAAAAGAUAUUUGCUAUGUCAUAUUAUGUUUUCAGGGAUUUCUUCUCAUAAACAAAAAGUGACUUUGCAUGUG